AUGGCCUCUACCGAGUCUAUCCUCCAGGGCGUCAACGUCCUCGGCGACGUCCAGCCCCACCAAAAGGCCAUUCUCACUCCCCAGGCUCUUGCCUUCCUUGCCCUUCUCCAGCGCUCUUUCAACGGCCGCCGCAAGCAGCUCCUCGAACGCCGCGGCUCCCCCGCGCCUGGUCUCAUCGACCGCCGAGUCGAGAUCACUGGUCCCACCGACAGGAAGAUGGUUAUCAACGCCUUGAACUCCAAUGUCUGGACGUACAUGGCUGAUUUGGAGGAUUCUAGCGCCCCUACCUGGGAGAACAUGCUGAAUGGCCAGGUCAACCUCUACGAUGCCAACCGUCGCCAGGUUGAUUUCAAGCAAGGCCCCAAGGAGUAUAAGCUCCGCACCGACCGCACUCUUCCCACCCUCAUCGUCCGCCCCCGUGGAUGGCAUCUCGAGGAGAAGCACGUCACCGUCGAUGGCGAGCCCAUGUCCGCCUCGCUCUUCGACUUUGGUCUCUACUUCUAUCAUAACGCUUUCGAGACCGUCAAGAGGGGCUUUGGUCCUUACUUCUAUCUCCCCAAGAUGGAGUCUCACCUCGAGGCCCGUCUGUGGAACGACGCCAUCAACUUGGCCCAGGACUUCAUCGGCAUGCGCCGCGGCACCGUCCGUGCCACCGUCCUUAUCGAGACGAUCUCUGCUGCCUUUGAGAUGGAGGAGAUCAUCUACGAGCUCAGGGAUCACUCCUCUGGCCUCAACUGCGGCCGUUGGGAUUACAUCUUCAGCGUCAUCAAGAAGUUCAGGCAGAACUCCAACUUUGUCCUCCCCGACCGUGCUUCCGUUACCAUGACCGUUCCUUUCAUGGAUGCCUACGUCAAGCUUCUUAUCCAGACCUGCCAUAAGCGCGGUGUCCAUGCCAUGGGUGGCAUGGCCGCUCAGAUUCCUAUCAAGGACGACAAGGCUGCCAAUGACAAGGCGAUGGAGGGUGUCCGCGCUGACAAGCUCCGCGAAGUCCGUGCCGGACAUGACGGAACCUGGGUUGCUCACCCUGCUCUUGCCAGCAUCGCUAGCGAAAUCUUCAACAAGCACAUGCCCACUCCUAACCAGCUCUUCGUCCGCCGCGAGGAAGUCCAAGUCUCUGCCAAUGAUCUCCUCAACAUGAACGUCCCCGGAAAGAUUACGGAAGAGGGUAUCCGCAAGAACCUCAACAUUGGUCUCGGCUACAUGGAGGCCUGGGUCCGUGGUGUUGGUUGCGUGCCCAUCAACUUCCUCAUCCAGCUCUGGCAAUGGGUCCGUCACGGCGUCACCACGGCCGAGGGCAAGAAGGUCGACAAGGCGUACGCCCUCAAGCUUCUCUCCGAAUGCGCUGAUGACCUCGCUGCCAAGGGCCCCAAGGGCAACAAGUUCCGUCUCGCGGCCCAGUACUUCGCUGGUCAGAUCACGGGAGAGGACUAUGCCGACUUCCUCACUACUCUCCUCUAUGACGAGAUCACGGCGGUCGGAGCUGCCCAGGCUGCCGCCAAGCUCUAA